CAGAGAAAUGAGCUCGGUGAGGUCCUACAUAUCAUCCAGCGUCCGGCCUCUGCCUCCGGACUGUCCUCUCUUUCCCUCUCCAGUCGCUCGCUAGCAUUUCUUUUCUCUCGUUAAUUCUUUUUAACCCAUCCUCGCUCCAAAGGCACGAACUAAGCGACCUUCUGUUGCAAUUUCGUCGCCAAAAUGAGGACUUCCUUGAUCGUUCUUGCGUUGGCCGCGGCCUCGCAAGCUGCACGUGUUCCCCUCUGCUCUGCUAUCUGCAUGACCAACGGGAUCGCUGCGACAGGCUGCUCUGCAAGUGACACCACCUGCAUCUGUGGCUCAGACAAGUUCUUGCCAUCCGUCGCCGAGUGUGCCGAGUCCGAUUGCAAUGGAGAUUCCCAAGCUCUUCAGACCGCCGAGGGCUUCUGCUCAAGCGCCGGUGUCAAGGUCGAGAUGAAAAGAUGGUUGAAUGGCGGUCCAGGAGGACACGGCCCCCCCGAGGGUUUCAAGGGCCACGGUCCCCCUGGAGGUUGGAAGGGCCACGGUCCUCCUGAGGGUUGGAAGGGCCAUGGUCUUCCCGAGUUCAAGGACUGGGAAGGUGGUUGGGGCCGCUGGGGUGGUCGUUGGAAGGGUGGCCGCUGGAGAGGCGGCAAGUGGCGAGGAGGAAAAUGGGGAGGACGACCUGGCUGGUGGUCACCCCCAAGCGGAGGCAACUCUGACAACGGUGGCUCGUCCAACAACGGCGGCUCCGGCUCUCAACCUCAACCAGCCUGGGGUGACUGGCAACCAGCUCCCCCGAGCCAAGGCGGCAAUGGUGGUUCUCCCCCCAACAACAACGAACAUGGAGGCUGGCCUGGUCCUUGGGGACCCCCCCGUGGAGGUGACAAUGACCACCAUGGCGGAUGGCCUGGCCCAUGGGGACCUCCUGGAGGCGACAACAACAAUGGUGGCUCCCCUCCUAAUAACGGUGGCUCGCCUCCCAACAAUGGUAACGGAGGCUGGAGCGACUGGCAACCAUCUCCAGGGAACCACCACCCACACCCAACUGGCCCGUGGAACCCUCCUCACACAGUCAUCUAAUCUUCUUCUUGUCAAUGUCAGGAGCGUUGGUCUUUGGUCUUCUUUCGUCGGCCGAGCUUGCUUGCUAUGCAGUUCAUGCCAAUCAUGUUUUUGAUCGCUAGACUUGAUGCCGGGAAGUUGGGCUGCUUCUCUGGCGUAUGGAAUUUAUUGGACCCAAUCGGUAUGAUAGCACUGGACACGGGAAAUUCUUUUUACCUUCUCAUGCCGUUGAUAUACCGGAUCACAAAGCCACUCGCGUCCAGUCGACGAUCGUGCGAGCAGAAAGCCACAGAUCCGGGCAACGAGUAAUCAUCAAUUUAAUGAAUGUAGAGCUGCUUCAAGCAUGCCAUCAGAAUCAACGAAAAACUCUCAUGAAAUGAAAACAGUUGUUGACAACCGAA